AAGAUAUAAGUUCUCAGACCAGGGAUUAUACUAUAAAUAUAAUGCUAAAUAUUUUAUUCCGCAGUUGAUUUUUGAGGGUAGCCCAGCUCUUUCGUUUUUAACUCGUACUUCUUUGCUUAGCAUUCUGGCGAAUAUGUUCUCCUACCACUUCCUAAUUUAUAUGUUGAUUACUUCGACUUUGGGUGCGAUAAUAUCGACAGAAAAAUCCUCUUCAGUUGUGAAUUCAGGAGUUGAAGGAGUGGAAACAGUGGAGGAGCCUCCAGUCAAAAUAAAGGACGUCCCUGCGGCGAAGGUUGAAGGCGAGCUUCCAUUACGAUAUAUCGGGGAAUCUGUUCCUGCCAACUGUACAGCAUUCUAUUCAUGCUGUACUCUAUUUGACGAUGGAAGUGAUGAUUGCCUGAAGUGGUGUGUGAAAAAGGUGAGGUGUAACAAGCGGUUGGUCGUCGUUAAAGUUCCAUCUUUCGUCGAAAUUGUCGAUGAUGAAUCAAUAUUGCCCAUCGCAUCUACUGAAACAAGUAUUUCUCCGGAAAGCCUCCCAAAAGUCCCAGCUAACGAUACUAUGCAAUCUGAGAAAACGAUUAAAGGCGUACAGGUAAUUGAUAUUCCCUGUUUAUCUGGCUCUCUACCUGAUCGCAGAGGAAGAUGCCGUGAAGUGUGGUAGAUUUUAAUCGAUUCUACUAAACUAAUAACAAAUUACUGGUAUUUGGAAAUUUUCAUUGAAAAUAAAUGUUUCAAUUGAUGCAGAA